AUUGUUAGCGACUCGCUCACUGUCCCCCAGGGCCUCGCAUCCCGCACCGACCAAUCACAAUCCACCUAUCCUUGACUGACCCUUGAUUUAUUUCCUAGUCCAUUGUCUGGCCUCCACCUCGACCAUCGCCGGCAAGAGUCAUCACUCACCAUUGUAGCUAUCACGAAGAGUCCUAUUCCUAGACUUCCACCAAAGACCCUCACAGAACGCUUGCACACACUAGGAACGCCCGGGUCAUUCAUCGCUUCCAUGUGCCAUCUUCAGCUCAGUCGCAGACGUGUGUUCUGCUAACCCCACGUGCCGUGAGUGGUCGAGGGUCUUUGUCUGUCUCGGUUCGCCACAUCGCCUUUGGUCCUUGACGCGCGCGCGACAGACCAGAGGCUUCCCAGUAUAAGAGCAAACAAGCCCUUCCGGCUGUGGAAGCUGCUGGACGGACACUUCAAGAAACAUACGAUAAGAUGGACGAGAACGAGGAACUGCGCGCAACGGAGCUCGAGGCCCUCGAGGCCAUCUACCCGGAAAUCAGACGUCCUGAUGAGGCCAAGGACCGCUUCACAUUUGAAAUCGACCUGCCCGUGCAGCCCGCCGCACCUGUCACCGUCACCUUCCCUGCCGCCGCCACGGGCAACGAUGUAGACACAGGCGUCAUCAACCCCGUCGCAGACGCCGACUCCCUCCAGGUGUCGCAUCUUCCCGCGCUGCGUCUGCGCAUCACGCUGCCGGACGGCUAUCCUUCAGACAAGCCCCCCGAGGUCCAUAUCUCCACGGAUCCGCAGUGGCUGCGGCGAGAGACCAUGGCGUCACUCGAGAGCGACGGGCCUAGGCUGUGGGAGGACAUGGGCCGGGACAUGGUCGCGUACACGUACAUUGAUCACGUCCAGAGGGCUGCGGACGAUGUCUUCGGCGCCAUUAGCGAGCAGGGCACCCUCGAGGUCGAUGCGCAGCACAAGCUGGCCGUGCUGGACUACGACAUCAAGUCCAAGGCAGCCGCCUUUGACCGCGAAACAUUCGACUGCGGUAUAUGUCUAGAUCCUAAAAAAGGCACAAAGUGUCACAAGAUGCUGGACUGCGGACACAUCUUCUGCCUGCAGUGUCUACAAGACUUCUACAAUGAUGCCAUACAGCAAGGCAGCAUAGGCACAGUCCGCUGUCUGAUGCCCAGCUGUGCCAAGGAGCGCUCCGAGACACAGGCGAUGGACGCCAAACGGCCUAAGAAGCUCAAGACAUCCAUCAGCCCCAGCGAGCUUCUCCAGAUCGGCCUUGCGGAAGACACGGUGAAGCGCUACGUCAUGCUCAAGUACAAGACAGAGCUCGAAUCCGACAAGAACACAAUCUACUGCCCGCGACAGUGGUGCAACGGCGCGGCGCGGUCCAAGAAGCACAAGAAACCCACAGGCCUUGACUAUGAGGACGCCUCGGACGCAGAGUCGGACCAGGACGACGAACAGGCCAAGAGCAAGACGUACGACCGCGCAGAGCGGCUGGCCAUCUGUGAGGACUGUGGUCUGGCCUUUUGCAGCCGCUGUAUGCAGACGUGGCACGGCGAGUUUGUGCUUUGCGCGCCGAGGCGCGAUAACGGGGAACUCACCGAGGAGGAGAAGGCCUCGCUCGAAUACCUCCAGCUGCACACCAGCCCUUGCCCGACGUGCAGCGCGCCCGCCCAGAAGACACACGGGUGCAACCACAUGAUCUGCUCACGCUGCGAGACGCACUUCUGCUAUCUGUGCUCCGCCUGGCUGUCCCCCGGGAACCCGUACCAGCACUACAACGAGCAGCCCGGCGGCAAGUUCACCUCGUGCUACAUGCGUCUGUGGGAGCUCGAGGGCGGCGAUGGUGACGACGUGGGCCUGGGCUUCGUUGGAGGCAACCGCGUGCCGCAGCAGGCCGAGAAUCACGACGAGGCUGUUGUGGAGGAGGCCCCUCAGCCCAUCCGCGUGCCAGACGUCGAUCGUCGAGACCAGCCUGCGAGGCCGCAGCUCCUCGACGAGAAUGGUCGCCCCGUGGCCGUGGCCCGCGAAGCACCUCUUGUUCUACGCCUGGGCAACGACCCCAACAACCCGCCUCGUCCACCGCCACCACCACCACCACCUCAGGCUGCUGUGCCACAAGCGCCCGUGGCGGCUGGUCGAGGACGUGGACGAGGCGCCGCGCAAGGUCGAGGUGGUCGUGGACGAGGCGGGCGCGGAGGAGGCGCAGAACGCGGUCGAGGAAGAGGUCGACCUCAGCCUGCCAUGCGUGUGAUCAACAACGGUAACCAUGCCAUGAUGCACGACGGGCUGGACGCAGCACAGCAGGCUUGGAUACGCCAGUUUGUGGAGAUGGCCCUCUUGGAUGAGGAGGACAUGAUUGCGGAGGACGACCUCGGCGACGACGCUGCCUUCUUCAUCCGGUGACAGAAAGGGGUGGGCGGGCAGUCGUGCGUCGGCCGCUGUGUCAACCGUGCCACACAGACUCCCUGAUAGAAAUUGUACAUAAGAGUUAGAAUCGAAUAAACCAGUUUGACGGACAUCCUCUUGUGUCAUGCGCCAGACUUGAAGCUAGACACGCAGGCCUCGGCCGCGGGAUGACAGACCCCCGUGACGCGCACCAUCAACAAUAAUGGCAACCAAGACGUCUUGCAUCUAGGUGCACGAGACCCCAGAGUAAGUUUAUCCUCUUUUGGAAUUCAUCCGGGUAAAUGAAAGUACCGCCGAGUGAGAGACUGAGCCGUCCGUGGA